AUGUCGUUAACGAACUGCCGGUUUUACGAGGAGAAGUACCCGGAGAUUGACUCCUUCGUCAUGGUCAAUGUCAAGCAGAUUGCCGACAUGGGUGCCUACGUCAAGCUCCUCGAGUACGACAACAUCGACGGCAUGAUUCUUCUCAGCGAGCUCUCCAGACGUCGUAUAAGAUCUAUCCAGAAGCUCAUCCGCGUCGGCCGAAACGAGGUGGUCGUCGUGCUCAGAGUCGACAAGGAGAAGGGAUAUAUCGAUCUUUCCAAGCGCCGAGUCUCUCCCGAGGAUAUCGUCAAGUGCGAGGAGCGUUAUAACAAGAGCAAGAUGGUCCACUCCAUCAUGCGCCACGUCGCCGAGAAGACCCAGGUCCCCAUCGAGACCCUGUACGAGAACAUAGCCUGGCCGCUGAACAAGAAGUACGGCCACUCGAUCGACGCCUUCAAGCUCUCCAUCACAAACCCCGACGUCUGGAAGGACAUUACCUUCACCAGCGAUGCCGUCGCCGAGGAGCUGAAGUCCUACAUCGGAAAGCGACUGACCCCCCAGCCUACCAAGGUCCGUGCCGAUGUCGAGGUCACCUGCUUUGGCUACGAGGGUAUCGACGCCGUCAAGACUGCGCUGCGAACUGCCGAGGCGCGGAACACCGACGACAACCAGGUCAAGGUCAAGCUCGUCUCGCCGCCUCUGUACGUCUUGACCAGCACCUGUCUUGAGAAGAGCACCGGUAUUACGAGGCUGGAGGAGGCAAUUGUCGACAUCCGCAAGAGCAUCGAGGGAGCUGGAGGUUCCCUGAUCGUCAAGAUGGAGCCCAAGGCCGUCACCGAGUCCGAUGAUGCUGAGCUGCAGGCCCUCAUGGAGAAGAGGGAACGUGAGAACGCCGAAGUCAGCGGUGAUGAGAGUCAGUCGGAGAGUGACGACAACAUCCCCGAGACCAUGUGA